AUGGAUGAUGCGGAGGAAGGACUAGAUAUUCGCCUAGAUCCUGCCUCUGAGCAGGCAGAAUGCAAGUCGCAUCUCCCGGAUCGUAUCCUUCGCCAGAUUUUCGACUACGUACCGAUGGCCGAUCUGGCCGCGGUAGCCGCUACAUGCCGUGCUUUCAAAGCUAUGGUAGACGAUGAGACACUGUGGAAGUGGCGUUGGCACAGGUUGGGAUGGAAACCGAUGACAUGUCUGCCUGACCCUCUUUUGGAUGCACCAGUGAAGGCGCGACAGCCAGCGCCGCCAGCUCGUCUGACAAUGCCGGCAGCCAAGCCCAAAGCGAUAGACUUACUGUCCGACCUGGAGUGGGAUACGCCCCUCUCGUCUGCCUUGGACAGCAAGGUGCCGCUUACAAGUCACGUCAAUGCAGAAGAAAGGCCUUAUUUUGCACGUAUGCAACGUGCGUUUUACGUGCUGCGACCCAUGGUUGUCUCGCUUCUACAGGCACCGUCGACGUCCUCCUGUUCUCUGUUUACAGCUUCGGACCAGCUCUCGGAGCAAUGCAAAUUGAUGUGCAUUGUAGCCCGUUUUAUAUCCCCUGUGGUCCAAGGCAUUCCUGGGCCGGGCAUGGCAGACGAUGCAUUGAUUCGGGCAAAGUUUGUUCAAGCUAUGGUGUACUUUGAUACACAACUGCGCACAGCUUAUACCUCAGAAGAAGCACGCUGGGUUGAGGCCCAUGCUUCGCAGGAUGAGAAAGCAUGUAUGGCAGCAGAGAAGACUAUGCAUCAGCAUGCGAUGACAGCGUGGGAAUUGCGCGCAGUCGCCCAUGACCUGGGCCCUGUGUCGGAUGCACGGCCUGUACUGCCCCAUGCAGCUGCUCUGCGAGCUCUGGGUGGAAGUGUCAUAGCCGAGGUGCAUAUCUCUACACGCCCUGUGUUGCAUGCGCGGCUGCCGUACAACCCAUGCGAUGCGCUGCCCCAAGAGGCCACGCCUGUGGUGCGAACCGAGCCAUUGGACGAGUUUGCCAAGCAUCUGAAAGGAGUGCUACGUGAGGAAUUCGCGCUCAUCGACCGUAUUUUCCCGGCAGCCCAGCCUGUGAAGAUCUGUCUGUUGGAGGUCGUGGUCGAUAGCUUGGUGACGGAUUACGUGUCAACGCUCUUGCAGCAGGCACGAGGACGAUCGGUGGAGUGGUACUUGAAUGCGUACGUGCAGUCGCUCUCGAGUCUUUUGAGUAUGACUGAUCUGCCGGAGGAUGAUGUGGAUCGAAUGCGCGGCGUAGUCAUGCAGGUUUGGCGGCAAUCGCUGGAAGAGUAUUUGGAUACAGAGCAUACAUGGCUCACUCAACAACUCAAACGAAUCUGUGAUCGAUGGCUAGGUGACUUGGAAAUGAUGGUCAAGGAAUGGCACGACGAGUCCAAUGUGCUGUCAGCACCGCAUUCCUCUGCACAGAAACGUUCGUUCCUAACUACAUUUAAAGACGCCAUGCUUACGCCGGCUGUCAGUAUGCCACGCUCUGCCAGCUCAGGGCUUUCCUCGCUGACCUCCAAAUGGACUGGAUCGUCGCCUGCUGCAUCGUCUGAGUCGCUUCCCCCUUCCUCAUCGCCAGCGGAAGGCUAUGGCGGUCUCCAAGAUACGCCAGCCACAUGGGAAGACGAGGAUGAGGAGCCUCGUACGGUGUCAACAUCUAUACCUACGCCGCCCCCAGCAGCAGACAUAUCGGUGCCCAUGAUUAUCACAUCCAAACCUAUGCAGAUGUCGUCCUUGCUGAAUUUGGAGACGGCCAUGGAAUUGAUUACCGUCACGCGGUUGACGAUUCAGCGUUUGGACACCCUUCGUCAGGCGCAUACGACGUUCCAAGCACGUGCGCAACGUGCCAUCAUUGAUGCAGUCGUGUGCUUGUUUGCUUCGCUGAACGAUGCGCAUAUGACACCGGGUUUUGCCACAGCACGUGAGCAGAUAUUGACGUACGAUCCUGCCAAGCACGAUCAGCCCAAAGGUCGCGAUGCAGCUGAUCAUGUUGGCCCGCUUCUUCUGUUCUUUGAGCUGGUGCAUAUUGGCGACACCAUCCAGCAGAUGAUGCAGGUAUUUUUCGACCGUCUUGGUCCUAGUUUGCUGGGCAAGCUGGACUUUACCAAUGCGGCCGUACGAGAGAAAAAGCGCUUUGAAAAUGAGCUGGAUGAACAAGUUGCGGCUGGCUUGAAUGCAGGAGUAGAACUGUUGGUCCAGCAGAUUGAGCACAUUGUGUUCACGCAUCAAAACCCACUGGACUUUUACCCACCGACCGAUGCGGCCUUUGACGUAUCGCAGCCGACACAUGCCUGCGCCGAGUGCUGUGCGACACUGCGGACGUACUGCGAUAUGCUGGCUAGCUGCGCUGAUAAAGCCAUCUUGGACGUGUUUUACCAGGAGAUUGGGUUCCGAUUGUAUUCGGUCCUUUGUAAGCAUUUGAAGCGACAGAUUAUCUCGAUUCCCGGCGGAUUCCAAGUGAUCUCCGACCUAAACUGCUACUUCCAUUUCAUCGAGUCACUUAAGCAGCCAUCCCUUACUACCUUAUUUGGCGCAUUGAAACGGAUUGGAAGCCUGUACAUUGUGGAAGAGCCUAAAGAACUGGCGAAGUUGGUGCAGGAUACCACGCUCAGCAGCGGUACACUGCGCCCAGAAGAAAUGUACGAGUUCCUUCGUGCGCGCUGCGACUUUAAAACCAUCGAAAAGAACAUCGAUGCGGAAAUGUAUGGCAUUAAGAUCCGCGAAGAUUGUGUCAUAGUCUAG